GACUAUUUAUAAUAAAUAGCCACCAGUCUUGUAAGAAGCAGAAGCCAAGAGAAAAGGAUGUUUUUGUGAGAGAAUAACGACGAGAUGAUUCAUUAUCUAUUUGAGAGCGGCCUGUUUUAUUGUUGAUUACGACCCAUUAAACAGAUUAAUGAUCUAUACGAGUGAAGAGAUAAGGUAACUUGGAAGCUCGGUCCGGGUGCCUGGUAACGUAACGCUCUAUGUGCGACCAGACGGAACGCUAGCUUUUUGGCAAUUAUUCUCUGAUACUGUCGUCCUUUCGAUACAAAGCACAUUUUUGUGAUAGCACAACGAGCUAGAAGUCUUGGUAUCACUGCGAAAUUACUGGAGGCCGAUAUUCAAUAGGAGAUGAUGAUGAUUUGUUUUUAUUCACGUUGUGAACAAUGCAGCCUUAUGCAUGCCGGAUAUACUACAAAUCACAUAAUUCUGUAAUAGUACAACAAAGCUACAAGUAUAUACACUGCAAAAUAAAGGUACAAAAACGAUGUGAAUUAAACGCGACGAACUCACAAAGACGACAGAGUUGCUUCUUGUCUACAUGGAUUUAAAUAUUCAUCAUGAACAUUUUUACGGUAUGCAGUCAUCGUGACGACCAUUACGAGAAAGGAAUAUAAUGUUCAUUCGAGCCGCGGAUCAUACUAUAAUGCAUUAUGGUUGCCAUGCAAAUCGAGCAUCGAGGAAUGUCAGUACAGAUAUCUACCUGAUAAAGGAAAUACGGAUAUAUUUCUCCAACAUUGACUUUGUGAAUUAAUCAAGGUUCACAAUGACCCGGAUACCCGAACUCGGCGCCACCCUCUCGGUCUCAAAAUUGGACACAGCGCUGAAGGAGAGGAAGUCUUUGGCUAGGAGAGGGCGCUACACGUCGCAAAGAAAGACCGAGAGAUCAUAUGAUACAAGUUGCCAUAACAAGACUGUUGAUAUUAACGACGGAGGUGGUGACGGACCGCUAAGCAUUACUGAUAAUAGCGCAUCUUCUGUUAUAGCAAAAACGUCUUACGAGCAAUUCAGAGAUUUAAAGAAAAGGAGACUGAGGAAUGAACAAUCAAGCCCUGAGGAUAAAGAAAGAAGUAAGAACUUCGGCAUAUCCUCUAUCGCAACGAAGCUAUCCCCACGUUUAGCGGGAAGCACUGAAAAACACCGAAUACAUUCCAUUAAGAAGGCCGACCAUGGAAGUGCGUUGUCUCCUGCCGAAUCGGAAACGCAAGAGGACGAAUUAUGCACGGACAUUGUCCAUGGCAGUGAUAAUGAAGGUGAAAACGACGACAGUGAUGAUGACGAUGCAGAGGAUGAUGGCGUUUGUGGCGCAGACGGAAAGGCUGACGGCGAUGGGAAAGUUAUCGUUAAAUCUGAUAAAACAGUGAGGCCGUACUCAGACAGCCGAAUAUCGAUAUCGCAGUCACGGAAGGAUAGAGCCCGAAAAACAAGUCUCAGAUCGGGGGAAAUAUCCCACCCAUUUCACGAUACGACUCCAAUACCUCCAAAUCACCAGGUGUCUCGCAACUCUUCAAGAGCAUCAAGGACAUAUCCAGAGGAAUUGGGAUCACCAGUCGAUGGAAGUAAUGGAUCCGAGAGCAACAUACGACAAAUCUGGAGGAAAGAGUUGGGUCUCGACGCCAGACCGCCCCGCAGACAUUUCGCACCGAAAGAAUACAUCACAGGAUUGGCGGUUGGUUACCCUGGCCAGAAGGCUGCACAGUCGCAGAAGACGGUCACAACUACGGUAGUUCCCGCUAAACGCUCAUUGAGUGAGAUCCAGAAAAAGCGCAGGGUCCUUCCCCCAAUAGACACUAAAUCAAAAUCAAAGGCAUGUCCCUGUGAUCCCGAAAAACCACCUGCACCAAACCCAGUGAAGGACAUCAACGCACUUGCUGCAGACCUUUGCAGAGGAGCCUCUUUAGAAACAGGCAACCGUGAAGCCGAGGCGGUAUACCGAACGUUCCGCGAAGCACGAAAGCAUGCAUUCUUCUUCGAUCUCGACUCCGACGUCGGCAGUUCGAGAUCAAAAUACCUCCGUCCCUGCACCGCUCCGCCAAACUCCGACGAUGAAGAGGGGGAUGGUGACGAAACUGUUCGAGAGGAAUGGAAUGAUUCGUCGUAUACGCGCAUCGUGCGCAUUUCCUCGCCUGAGAAUGACGGCGAGACUGUCAUCACCCAUACGGUUGACGCGUCAAAGGUGUUUGACUUUGGAGGUCGUGUCAUUCGGAAGACGCAGAUCGACGUGUUUCUACCAUCCGAGCCACCAGAUGAUGGCAUCGAAGGCGAGGGUGACGAAAAGGGCAGUAGCGAGAAUGAGGACCGCGAAAACCAGGCAAAUGGAACUGAGGAAAAUGGCAAUGGUUCAAUCGAGCAAAAACGGAACAAUAUCAGAGAAGAAGGAAACAGAACAAAUGAAAAACAACGUGAACAAAUUGACAAUGAUCAGAACUUUACUUCUUCCGAAGAGGACGACGAAGACUGUGAGGAUACCGGUUCUGACGAAAGUUGUGACAGUGACGACGACGAUGAAGAUGACGAUGAUUAUUGAGAGGAAUUGGCGAGACAACUUACAGCAGGACAUAAUGGUCCAAUAGAUAAAAACUGAUAGGCUUCUUUGAAAGUGCAGGACACUGUUUUUCAUCAUGAUAAAAGUGUUACAAAUAUUUAUUGAAUAACUUAUUCACAUAUUUACCUCAAAUCUUACAAACUGAAACUUAAAGUAUUUAACCAUCCUUGAUCGACAAACUCAUCCAGGAUUUUUUUUUAUACCUUUGAAGACUAUGAAUCAUUUUGAGCACAGUGUUGACAGAUGGGUCCCGUACUUAAAGAUAUAUACUAAAUAAAUGAGUAUCUUUAUUAUUGUCUAGUCUUACAAAGAAUUGUGAUCGAUCAGAUCAACCUCGAGGACCCCUCGGUAGACCAGCAGCACCAUGAUUGAUGCUGCUGAGUAGGGCCAUCCUCUCGUUUUCAUAUAUGAAUUCACAUGUUUCAUUUUAUAUAUAUUGUUGGUUUUGUUUUACGGAAAUAUAUUCAAUUCAACCAUUUGGAAAUUCAUCAAUGCCAUAGUUUCCCCUACAAGAAAUUUGCAGCAUGUCCUUUUGUUAAAAAUGUAAGCAAAGUGGAAUAUACUGAAUUGCCAAUAAAACGAUGAAUUAUGAAUAGUCAGAUGUAGAAAAAAAUUCAAGAAACAU